CCAGCAGCCACCCGGUUCACAGGGAGCUUUUCUUCUCCUCAUAUCAGCGCAGGCAGCGGUAGCGGCAGCAGCAGGAGCGGUAGCGGCGGAUUCUCUGACCGCACACACCGGAUAUUCAUCACGUUACAGAAACAAGAGGGACACUUUCCUGACUCGUGUCCUCCCCGUCGCACCUCGCAGACUUGGGCCGUCUUCGCUUUUUUCUUUUUUCUUUUUUUUUUCUCCCCCCUCUCCAUUUUUUAUUUUCGUGCGCUCCCCCCUCCCUCCCUCCUUCCCUCCCCUCCUCCUCCUGACAGACAGACAGACAGGCAGGCAGACAGACGGGCAGACAGCUCCUCCGUGGCGCACUCGGGCUUCGUGGACCGACAUGGUAGAUUAUCACGCUGCCAACAACCAGGCGUCCUCCGGCGGAGUGCAAACCUACAUGGAGCAGGAGAACGACUGGGACCGGGACCUGCUGCUGGACCCGGCCUGGGAGAAGCAGCAGAGGAAGACGUUCACGGCGUGGUGUAACUCCCACCUGAGGAAGGCCGGCACGCAGAUCGAGAACAUCGAGGAGGACUUCAGGGAUGGACUCAAACUCAUGCUGCUGCUGGAGGUCAUCUCAGGCGAACGGUUACCCAAGCCCGAGAGAGGCAAGAUGAGGGUCCACAAGAUCAACAACGUGAACAAAGCCCUGGACUUCAUCGCCAGCAAGGGAGUCAAACUGGUGUCUAUCGGAGCGGAGGAAAUCGUGGAUGGAAACGCCAAGAUGACCCUGGGAAUGAUCUGGACCAUCAUCCUCCGCUUCGCCAUCCAGGACAUCUCUGUAGAAGAGACUUCUGCCAAGGAGGGUCUUCUCCUGUGGUGCCAGAGGAAGACGGCUCCCUACAAGAACGUCAACGUGCAGAACUUCCACAUUAGCUGGAAGGACGGCCUCGCCUUCAACGCUCUGAUCCACAGACACAGACCCGAUCUCAUCGACUACGACAGCCUCAGAAAGGACGACCCCGUGACCAACCUGAACAACGCCUUCGAGGUGGCUGAGAAGCACCUGGACAUCCCCAAGAUGUUGGACGCUGAAGACAUCGUGGGCACUCUGAGGCCAGAUGAGAAGGCCAUAAUGACCUAUGUAUCCUGCUUCUAUCACGCCUUCUCUGGCGCACAGAAGGCCGAGACAGCCGCGAACCGCAUCUGCAAAGUUCUGGCUGUGAACCAGGAGAACGAGCAGAUGAUGGAGGACUACGAGAAACUGGCCAGCGACCUGCUGGAGUGGAUCCGUCGGACCAUCCCCUGGCUGGAGAACCGGACUCAGGAGAAGACGGUGAAUGACAUGCAGGCCAAGCAGGAGGACUUCAGAGACUACCGCUGCGUGCACAAACCGCCCAAGGUCCAGGAGAAAUGUCAGCUGGAGAUCAGCUUCAACACUCUGCAGACCAAACUGAGGCUCAGCAACAGACCUGCCUUCAUGCCGUCAGAAGGACGCAUGGUGUCUGAUAUCAACGGAGCGUGGCACACCCUGGAAGGAGCAGAGAAGGGCUACGAGGAGUGGAUCCUCAGCGAGAUCAGACGUCUGGAGAGACUGGAGCAUCUGGCCGAGAAGUUCCACCAGAAGGCUGCCAUCCACGAGUCCUGGACCGACGGUAAGGAGGCCAUGCUGACCCAGAAAGACUACGAGACCUCCACCCUGUCAGAAGUGAAGGCGUUGCUACGGAAACACGAGGCCUUUGAGAGCGACCUGGCAGCUCAUCAGGACAGAGUGGAGCAGAUCGCCGCCAUCGCACAGGAGCUCAAUGAACUGGACUACUACGACUCCGCCAGCGUCAACGCUCGCUGCCAGAAGAUCUGUGAUCAGUGGGACGUCCUGGGAGCUCUGACCCAGAGCCGCAAAGAGUCACUGGAGAGGACAGAGAAGCAGCUGGAGUCGAUAGAUGAGCUUUACCUGGAAUACGCCAAGAGAGCGGCGCCCUUCAACAACUGGAUGGAGGGAGCGAUGGAGGACCUGCAGGACAUGUUCAUCGUCCACAACAUCGAGGAGAUCCAGGGUCUGAUCACAGCCCACGAGCAGUUCAAGUCCACCCUGUCGGAGGCCAACAAGGAGCGCGAGGCCAUCCAGUCCAUCCAGGCCGAGGUGCAGAAGAUCGCCCAGAGCAACGGCAUCAAGCUGAGCGGAGCCAACCCCUACACCACCAUCACACCGGAGAGCAUCGACAACAAGUGGGAGAAGGCGAUGGCCAUGGUGCCGCUGCGUGACAACGCGCUGCAGGACGAGCUCAACAAGCAGAACUCCAACGACACUCUGAGAGCUACGUUCGCCACCCAGGCCAACACGGUCGGCGCCUACAUCCAGGCCAAGAUGGAGGAGAUUGGCAGGAUAUCCAUCGAGAUGAACGGCACCCUGGAGGACCAGCUGACCAGUCUGAAGGACUAUCAGACCAACAUCAUGUCUUACAUGCCUGAAAUCAACAAGCUGGAGGGAUGUCACCAGCUCAUCCAGGAGGCCCUGAUCUUUGACAACCAGUACACCUCCUACACCAUGGAGCACCUGCGCGUGGGCUGGGAGCAGCUGCUGACCACCAUCGCCAGGACCAUCAACGAGGUGGAGAACCAGAUCCUGACCCGCGACGCCAAGGGCAUCAGCCAGGAGCAGCUGUACGAGUACCGCGCCUCCUUCAACCACUUCGACAAGGACCACAGCGGGGCCCUGAUGGCCGAGGAGUUCAAGGCCUGUUUGAUCAGUCUGGGCUACGAUGUGGAGAACGAUAAGCAGGGCGACAGUGAGUUCAACCGCAUCAUGGGCAUCGUGGACCCGAACGGCAGCGGCGCCGUCACCUUCCAGGCCUUCAUCGACUUCAUGUCCAGGGAAACGACCGACACGGACACGGCCGACCAGGUCAUCGCCUCCUUCAAGAUCCUGGCCGCUGAUAAGAACUACAUCACGGCCGACGAGCUGAGGAGAGAGCUCCCGCCCGACCAGGCCGAGUACUGCAUCGCCCGCAUGGCGCCCUACUCGGGGCCGGACGCCGUCCCCGGAGCCCUGGACUACAUGUCCUUCUCCACCGCCCUGUACGGGGAGAGCGACCUGUAGAGGAGGAGGAGGAGAGAGGAAGAGGAGGGGCUGGACAGACGAGGGGGGGAGGGAAGAGGAGGGGAGGGGUCCGUGGCGGGGGUGCCCCUGCGUGUGCCGGUUUAGAAAUCACCAGAUUGAACUGUAGAAGAGGAACUAAGCUCAGUCUGUGGUAGAGGUUUAAAUGAACGGGCAUAUCCUGGGGGGGGACGGUGGACGGGGGGCGGCUGUGGGACAGGGACACAGUUGCCCUGUAGUGUGGGUCCUUAGCUUCACCCUCUCUGCCUUUGUGGGGGGGGGGGGCGUCAAACAGGGGAGGGACGGGGGGGGGGGACACAAGCUAAUCUGAUACUUAUGCUAAUUUUUUUGUUUAUUUUAUUAUAAUUUUUUUCUUCUUGCCAGGAGGGGUCAGGGUGUUAGACGGGGGGGGGGGGGGGGGUUUGAUGUGGAGACUGGCAAGGUUUGUGUAUUAGAUCCUCGAGAGAUAUAUGCUGCGGGGUUGGGAGGGGGGGCAACAAAAGGGGUGUUGAGCAACCAGAGAUAAGACGACAUAUUUACCCAUAAUUCCCUUGUUGCUGGAUAAGGUGACCUGUCUAACCUCAGCUCUGCUCCUCCUCCUGUCUGUUUAUUUCUCUUCUCCUUUAUUUCCUGGAGCAGGGGGGGC